AAAUAAUAAAGUGAAUAAAUCAAAAAUUAAAUAAACACAAAAAUCACUUUCCAUUAAGACCAACUUCCAUUGUCAUCAAGACAACCCAUCAGCCAUGGCUACUCCUUCUCUGAAACUAACCCUACUCACCAUCUUCACAAUCCUCCUCGUAAAAGGCUUCAGCAGUGAGGAGCACGAGCAGCAGCAGCGUCCAUGCGGGAGUGUCGACGGCCUCGCCGUCUUGCUUGGAUGCCAGAAUUUCCUUCUGAAGGACGGGCCGAAAGUCCCUCCAUCGGGUGAUUGCUGCAAGGCUGUAGAAGAGAUUGGGAUGAACUGCACCUGCAAGAUUAUUACUAAAGAUAUUGAAGCCAUCCUCAGCAUGGAGAAGCUUGUUUUUGUGGCUCAAUCCUGCGGCCAACCUCUUGCUCCUGGAACUCAAUGUGGAAGCUAUACAGUUCCACCAGCAUGAAAUUUUCUUCGGGGAAGCUAAUGGGGGGCACUUACAAAUAAC